GGGCGCGGCGGAGGGGCAGAGGCGCGCGCGCAGCGCUCAUCUUCUCGCCGGGCGCGUAUAUGGCGGCGCCGGGGGCAGGCCCCGGGCCGGGAGCGCCCCCGGGGCUGGAGGCGGCCCUGCAGAAGCUCGCGCUGCGGCGGAAGAAGGUGCUGAGUGCCGAGGAGAUGGAACUGUACGAGCUGGCGCAGGCGGCGGGUGGCGCCAUCGACCCCGACGUGUUCAAGAUCCUGGUGGACCUGCUGAAGCUGAACGUGGCGCCCCUCGCCGUCUUCCAGAUGCUCAAGUCCAUGUGUGCUGGCCAGAGGCUGGCGGGCGAGGCCCAGGACCCCGCGGCCGUGUCUCUGCCCACAUCGAGCGUGCCAGAGACCCGAGGGAGAAACAAAGGCAGCAUGGCUCUGAGUGGAGGCCCAGCACUGGCAGAGCGCAGUGGCCGGGAAGGAUCCAGCCAAAGGAUGCCCCGACAACCCAGUGCCACCAGGCUGCCCAAGGCGGGCGGGCCGGGGAAGAGCCCCACUCGGAGCAGCACCUGAGAUGGGCAGACUUCUCACGCCGUCCAGCUCUGGCCUUCGCCAGUCUCCUAGCAGAGGCUACCUGGGCUUUCCCCCAGUUGGUAGUAAAGCUUUGUGAAAAACCGAGGGUCCAUCCAAGCUGUUUUCUAUCACCUUUUGAAUAUAUUAAGACACAAAGAUUUAGAAUCAGA